CCGCCCGCGUCGUUUCAAGGUGACCCUCGACUCGCCGAGCAAGUGUGCUGCGUCGUUCGCGGCACUGUACGCUGUUCCUUUCACUUCUGCACGACUAAGCGGUCAGUGAUACCGGUAUUCUUCUGAACGCGGAUAUAAUAUUUAUCUGUGCCCGUUGGAAUUUAUGACAACACGCUGUGGACACCGACGCUUCUCGUUCAUCACCUCUUAUCUCAGUCAUCACGACUGACAAGACGAAUCGAUAUGCGUCAAGCACGAGAUGUUAUUCGCGAAGAAUGCGAAGUUCUACAUAUUACGGACAAACAGAUCCGCGAGAUCAUGAACAGGCUUCACAACGACCUACUCAAGGGUCUCGGCAAAGACACACAUGAAAAAUCCAUAGUCAAGUGCUGGAUCACCUACAUACAAGAUUUACCUAAUGGAAAAGAACGAGGUAAAUUUUUGGCGUUAGAUUUAGGAGGAACUAAUUUCAGAGUGUUAAUAAUUAAUUUAGGUGAAAAUCAUUUUGAUAUGCAGUCAAAAAUUUAUGCCAUACCAAAUCACAUAAUGACUGGCACUGGUGUCGCUCUGUUUGACCAUAUAGCUGAAUGUUUAGCCAAUUUUAUGAAGGAACAUGAUGUGUAUGAAGAGAGGUUGGCACUUGGUUUCACAUUUAGCUUCCCGCUAAAGCAGCUGGGUCUUACUAAGGGAAUAUUACAACGUUGGACAAAAGGUUUCUCUUGUUCAGGAGUAGUUGGUGAAGAUGUUGUUCAAGGACUUAAAGAUGCUAUCGCCAGGCGAGGGGAUGUUCAGAUUGACAUAUGUGCUAUUCUGAACGAUACUACGGGUACUUUGAUGUCCUGCGCGUGGAAAAACCACAACUGUAAAAUAGGACUCAUUGUUGGUACUGGAAGUAACGCCUGCUAUGUGGAGAAAACAAAGAACUGCGAGCUAUUCGACGGCGAGCCGGGCAAGGAUGAACUACUCAUAAACACAGAGUGGGGCGCGUUCGGCGACGAUGGCACCUUGGACUUCGUGCGGACAGAGUUCGAUCGCGAAAUAGACGCGAACUCCAUCAACCCCGGCAAACAAAUACAAGAGAAGAUGAUAUCUGGAAUGUACAUGGGCGAGUUGGUGCGACUAGCCUUGGUGAAGUUCACGCGGAUGGGGCUGUUGUUCGGCGGACACGGCUCCGACUUACUGUUCCAACGGGGCAGCUUCUACACCAAAUACGUGUCCGAAAUCGAGUCCGACAAGCAGGGUGACUACACGAGCUGCAUGGAGAUCCUAGAGGAACUCGGGCUGUCGCACGCGACGGAGGCGGACAUGGCGGGCGUGCGGCACGUGUGCGAGAGCGUGUCGCGGCGCGCGGCGCACCUGGUGUCGGCCGGCAUCGCCACGCUGCUCAACAAGAUGGCCGAGCCGCGCGUCACCGUCGGCAUCGACGGCUCCGUCUACCGCUUCCACCCGCACUUCCACGCGCUCAUGUGCGACAAGAUCGCGCAGCUCGUCAGCCCCGGCAUACAGUUCGACCUGAUGUUGUCGGAGGACGGCAGCGGUCGCGGCGCGGCGCUGGUGGCGGCGGUGGCGUGUCGCCAGAGCCAGCAGGCCGCGUAGGCACCUCCGCACCUCCCCGCACCACCCCGCAUGUACAGCCUGUACGUCGACGCCUUAAGCCGAGUGCUUUCUACACGCCAUACAUACAUAUUUCUACUAUAAUAUUUACAUCACAGCUUCAUGUUAGUAAUCAGUUCGGUAAAUUUGUAUUGGAUUGUGUCGAAUUGUCAUACAUCGACAUGUCUAAAUAAUUUCAAAUCACCCGUUUCUCGCUUUCGUAGUAUUUGUUCUAAGUUAAAUUGCUACGAGUGUAGUGAGAUAAUGAGGCUGGUCCUUAUUUUAAUAUAUAUGAAUCACUAAAUAAUUAAGUAAGCACCUUACUUAAUUAUUUUGUGAUAAAUAUUUUGGUGAUAUAGAUAGCAAAAUGUGCGGUAUGAAAACACAGGUAAUUACACAUUCAGGCUUAAAGUUGUUUAUUACCUUAGUAAGACUAUUUAAUUUUAUUGUUCUAUUUAGUACUUAUAUGCCGCUGUGUGCUAGGGUCGGACGGCUUCCGCGAAUAUGCUCUCUGUUGGGAAGCUAUCAUAUUGUUUCCGCAUUUAUAACACGGGAAAUACAAAUAACUAGAGACACUAAGAAUCAAUAGAUCGUAGUAUGUUUUGUUUGUACUUAUUUUACUGACUAGUCUAGUCACAAAUCAUGAAUUUAGGACAUUGAAUACUUAAAUUUUUUUAUUUACAUAUUCUUGAUAAUUUGUCAAAACUUAAUUUUAGAAAUAAGACUGAUUUUAUAUUGUAUGGUCAACAUGCUACAUUUUGUAUUACCGAUCCAUUAAAAUUACUGAUUGAUCUUAGUGUCUUAAAACUACAUAAUAUGUAAGUAACUACAAUAAGUAUUUCCUUUUAAGUGCCUAUCUUAGCCAGCACACAGUUAUUUGGCUGCGUUAUUUUCAGUGACUAAUUUUUAUUAUGUUAGCAAUAAGUAGUUUUAUAGCAUUGUGAAUAUUACCAGAGAGAACUCUUAGCCUAAUUAGGUAUAUUGCUGUGUAUACCUAGCUGCUGUUGAUAUAGUAAAUGAAGUUCGUAUUUAAUUAAUCAAAACACCUGAAUGGGAAUAACAUCUUUAGAUGCAUUGUUGUUUAUUUGUAAUUAAUAUUUUAUAAUAUAGCGAUUAAUUAUAAUUUAUGGUAUACAUUACCAGUAAAAAAAUAUCUUCAUUGUCUGAUAAUUGCAUACAUGUAGCAUUCAAGUGUGAAUCUCAGUAUCAGUUGGUAUAUAUGCAGAAACGCAGCCUUACGUGUAGUUGUCAUUAUUGAUCAUUCCAUUAGUGGAUCACCAGUCAAGGCAAAUUCAUUUACUAAAAUAUCAUUAUAGUGAAUAUAGACGUAAGUUUUAAAACACUUUAUAUUAGGGCACUACUACCACGUCAUCUUGUUUCAACAAGCAAUACAAAAUAAUUUCUGUUGUAACAGAAUGAUGUAAUACCAUCUAAUGUAUUUUUUCACUGAUGUAUUUAUUUAAAAUUCUUUUCAUGUGUAUAACUGAUGUCAUUAUAUAAAUAUUAUUAAUAUAUUACAUAGAUGGUAAACGCUGUUAUCAAAUUAAUAUUUAUAUGGAAUUUAUGGUUACUAUAUCCAAUAUACCCACAUUGAAUACCGUUUUGGAGACUUAUUAAAAUCGAAGAAGAUGCAUAAGUGUUUUGAUAUUUUACUGUGAUAGAACUAAAUUAUUAAAUAUUUUUUUUGUAUUGAUUUCUUUCUUUCGUACCUACCUAUUACUUUCACUUUAAAAAGCAAUCUUUUUGAAUAAAACAAAAUGACUAAUUUGAUCAUUAAUGUUGUAAAAUAUACAACAAACAAAUAUCAGAAUCUAAAUACCAGCAUCAAAAUUGUUUGAAAAGUGGAGCAGAAGUAUAUGAAUAUUCCAUAUUUGACACGAGCCACAUUGUGCGCGCUGUGGGGUAAUCUAUUUUUCUCCCUCGCACAUCUAUCUCGCCAUAGUGCUAAUAACGUCACGCUGUGAUUUGUGUAUAUUACUCCUGCCUAUUAAUUGCUAUUUUUAGUUACGUAACUCUCAAUAAAUGAAAUAUAAAGUCAACUAACUUAUUAUGUAAUUUGAAUAAAAAAUUCAACAAAUCUUGAAUAAAUAAAAUAACAGAGGUCCUAUCUCCAAAAUGCAGAUUGAUUAUAAAAGAAUACAUUGAUUUAACAUGGUGUCUUAUACCACGCGUCAAUAAAAUGAUAUUAUAGUUCCUAGUUUUAUAAAUAGGUGCAUUUUAAUUUUAAGUACUUAUGUGUAUUUGUUGUUUUGUUGGAUUGUAAUGAUAACGAAUACGUACGAUCGGUUCCCUACUUCACAAAAUAUCUUCAACUUCAGGAAAUUAAACGAUAUUACGAAAUUUGUAAAUAAAAUUGAUAAUUUCAAUAUAAAUCAUUAUUUUAGUCGGUCAUCGUACGUGUUCGAUUUUUUGUGAAAUUUAUAUAGUAAUGGUAAAAUGCUUUUAUUUCUUCAACUGUAUUCAUUGCAAAUAAAAGAAAAAACAGAUUCAUAAUGAUCUUAUUUAUUGUGGCAAGUCUAAUACUUAAUGAAGAUAUGAAAUAGUACAAAUAAAAAAAAAAUAAGAGACCAAGUGUACGAAAUACAAAAUAAAAUUUUUGAAAUUAUUUGGUCAGUAAGUAUAUUGUGUUACAAAUUGUGUACCUAUUAAAAUUAUUUAAUUUAAGGAAAUUUCUAGUAUUUGUUAAGAUGUUCUACGUCUUAAUUUCUUUUGCUCAAACUGUUAUAAAAACUACAUACAACGAUUUACUAAUUAUAUUUACUGAAAUUCGUCGAAACUCUUUUUGUUUAACAAUUAGGUUUAAUCACAUACAUAUAUCAGCAGAUAUAACAUUCCACCAGCCAUCUGGAAAUGUUUUACCUUGAAAAACUAAAAAAAUAAAGACAUAUCAGAUCAUAAAAUGUUCUGGAAGUAUUAAGUAGUAAUAAUAUUUUGCACAGCCGACAGUAUAUUUUGUUUAACAACGCUCUGAAGUGAAAUUGGUAUUCCGAUAUAAUUUGUAUUAUUAUUAUUUAUUUUUCAUUUUGUGUUUCCAAUGGGUUUACAGUUGUUUGAAAACACAAUAUUUUUGUAGAUAAUAUACAUAUAAUAGUUUUGUUUUAAUUUACAGAAAACGACAAUGGAAAUGUAGUUCCGUCUAUUUAAGAGCGGUUAGAAAUGUUAUUUCAGAAUUAAAUUUGUAUAAAAUUA